CCGUCGUCACUUUGAAGCCCCGCGAACGCGCCACCAUGCUCAUGACACAGCGACGUCUCGCGCAGCUCGGUCGACGCGCUCUUGGCUGGCGCGCCGCCUCGACACACGCUGCCACGCAACGCACCUCGUCGUAUUUGCGCCUCGUCACGCAGACGGCCGUGGUGACGGCCGCUGCCGUCUCGGCGAUUACUGCGGCCGGGCUCUUCACGCCCGAGCCGUCUCCACUGACAACAGCCGCGGCCAACGGCGACGUGGCCGAGGUGGCUACGCUCUUGGCGGCCGGGGUCUCUCCGAACGCCACCACUGGCCGAGGUGGCGCACCGCUGCUUGCUGCGGUGAAACGCGGCAGCGAAGACUGCGUGCGAGUGCUCUUAGACGCGGGGGCCGACCCGCAUGCGACCCAUGAUGGGGUUUCCAUGACGAUGCUAGCGAUGCUGUUGGGCCACGUCCCGAUUGUGGCGCUGCUCGUGGCUGCGGACCCAAGCGUGAUGACGCAGACGUCCCGAUCAUCGGCAGCCAAUAUGACGCCCUUCGAGCUCGCGGUGCAUCAGGACCGUCCCGACCUCGUCUCGCUCUUUCUUGGCGCUGGCGCCGAUGCCAACACGAGCAUUCGGAACUCUAUACCGAUCCUGGUGUACGCGGCCUCCCGGGGCGUGCAGCCCUCCGUCCUUGCGCUGCUCAUCGACGCCGGUGCCAACGUCGACGCCGUCGCGCUUCCUAGUGGUCGCUCGGCGCUGUACUGCGCCGCCCGGAACAACAACGAGGCGCUUGUCGACGUGCUACUCGCUGCAGACGCCACCGUCGACAUGUGCUCAAGCGACGGCGAUACAUCGCUGGCGAUCGCUGCCUGGUACGGCCAUAACGGUGUCGUCACCCGCCUCAUUGCAGCGUCGGCUGAUGUGAACCACUGCUGCACCGCUGGCAUCUCGCCUCUCUACGACGCUGCGCUCCGCCGUCAUCCCGAUGUGGUGGCCACCUUGCUCGAGGCCGGGGCUGACGUCCACAAGUGCACUCAAGCUGGCGAGUCGGUGCUGUCGGCCGCUGUGACCAGUGGGCAUGCGGGCGUCCUGGCGCUCGUCCAGGACGCCUUGCAACGUUAGCGGCGUUUCCACACUGCAAAUGCUAGCACGUCAAAAACGUUGGUCGAUUUCACUGCA